AUGGGUAUCCGGGUGAUCAAUUCCAUGGACUUUGGAGAGUUUGUUGAUAUUUUGGGGAAUAUCAUAGAGAAAUGUCCCCUGAUUGCUGCAGCUAUCUGGUCCCAGCGCCCAUUUAAGGACUUGGCUGAUUUAGAGAAGCAUGUGUUUGACUUCAUUGAAGCCCUUCCACAAUCAGGGAAAGAAGGGAUCCUGAGGUGCCACCCAGAUCUAGCGGGCCGGGAGCUCCAGCAGGGAACGCUGACCCCAGAGUCUCAGCGGGAGCAGAGAGGGGCGGGCCUGAGCAGCCUGGGCCUGGAGGAGAGACGCCGACUGAGCCAGCUCAACGGCGCGUACAAGACGCGCUUUGGCUUCCCCUUCGUGAUCGCGGCGCGGCUCAGCGACAAAGCCACAAUACUGAGGGAACUGGAGCGCCGGCUGGACAACCAGCCCGCCCAGGAGCUGAGCACAGCACUGGACGAGGUGCGCAAGAUAUGUCACCUCCGCCUGGAGGACAUCCUGCAGUCCCUGGAAGACCCCGCCAAACUGUAG